CUUAUAACAAGGAGGAGAAUCAUUGCUCUGUUUGCUCUGCCACCGUCCAGACCUGUGUUCCUUCAUGCUUCUCAGAUGCAUCUAAAGUCGUCGAGCCGCUCGCCCCUCUCUAUCACCUUGGAGAUGUUCUCCUGCAUCACAUCGAUCACCUCGUCAACCUGCGACUGCACCCUGAGGACACACGUUGGUGGGAGAACCAGAAUCAUAAAUAAUAGAUAUGAAUCAUAGAGGAUAAAAGACUCCUCAACAUCUACCUCCGACGAGGACGAUCAGUUUGCUGGGAAGCCAAAAGAAGAGCAAGGUUUCUGGGAUCUUAAGUCCUCCCAGAGAGAUGAUGCAUCGUGCUGCAGAUCCUCCUCAUCCUCUGUUCGGAGGAGCUCUGUCAGCCGUCCUCCCUCACAGCUCCACAGACACCAGCGAGCUGAGGGAGAUCCCAGACAACCAGGAGGUGUUCGCCCACCAACACACCGACCAGAGCCUGAUCGUGGAGCUGGUGGAGUACCAGGACCAGGUGUCAGACCAGGACGCAGCCAGGUAUCACUUUGAGGACAUCGCAGGCAGCAACAAAGCUCUAGAGCCAGGAGCUUUUCAAGUGACCAGUGUGGAGCCUUUAUCCAAAUGUGAGCUGUCCCUGUCAGACUGCAGCUGUGCCUGGAUGCUCACUGGGACUCAGUGUGUGUCCAAGUUCAACGAAGAGGCGAGGAACACAGUGACCCUCCACCUGGGUCUGUUCCGUCUGCCACAGUUCUCCACAGAGGUCUUGAUCACUUUCAAUGACCCCCAGAGGAUCAGCCCCGAGAGCAGCAGUGCUGCUUCAGCUGAGACACACAGAGAGCCGUGGACGGUGCAGGACUUCCAGCGCCUGUUGCAGACUCUGACUCUGCACAACCCAGGGCUGUUUGGGUAGAAUUAACUGUUACCUUCUCAGCGUGUCUACCUACUUGGUGUCUACUCACCCACUAGGUUACACCUCAAACAAUCAGAUUGUUUUUCUACUCCAUUAAAGGGACUAUUUGUAACUUUCAGAAAUGCUUGUUAACAGCGACACCUGUGGCCGUUAAGUCAACGAAAGUCAGCGUCCUGUUGCUCGCGCUUGUGCUCGCUCUAAAUAGACAUGAACUAGCAUCGCUCAAAACAGUGAGGCGACACACGUCAGCUAAAAGCACAAUAUCACUCUAUAUUUCAGCUGCUUGACAGUAAUGUUAGCUGACCAGACGAAGGUCUCUCCAUGAAUCAGUGAUGAUCCUAGUGUUGGCUUUUCCUGCUUCAGCCUCCGGUGUCUCUCUCUCCAGAGGGAGACACAGAUGUCCUGUUCUGUCCUUGAUGUUUACUUUGUUCUGACAUCUAAAAAUGAAUUGGAAAACCAAACAUUUCAUGAUAUGAAGAUAGUUUUGUCAUAAUAAAUGUGAUGGAUGAAAAA